CGUCUGUUUUCUCAGGAUCAACCAAAACCAGCUGCCAGGUCAAAAUUCGUAGGUUGCAUCAACGUUUGUUUUUGACCCAACCGGGAUCAAUUAAAUAGAGCAUUUAAAAUAAGCGAAUUUUUUUUAACUGUAGUCUGGUGAAAUUUCCAGUCUAUUAUACUUUUUUACCAAACGUUUGUUGUGCAGUUGCUGUCUCUGUGAAAAGUAGUAUUCUGUCGAUUAAAGUUGUUUCUUUUGAGAUAUUUAUCCCGUUUAUCUUCUCUUGCCUCAUUUAACCACAACGACAAUUUUAUGAAAGGGAUUGGUUUCUAAAGUAAUUUGGCUUUGAAUUGGUGGAGGAGUGUAACACAAAACUUGGCUUUAUCAAAUGAGUUCGUAAAAAAAAAAUUAGCCAUUGGACAGAGUCAGGAGAAACUGCCCGUUAGAGCAGUAAAAUUUUAAUAUGAUUUAAUUGGGCAUUGUGAGACAUACUCAGGAGCAUUGUUUUCGUUGUAGAAAAAGCGGAAGAUUUCAAUAAUGCUGGCAAUGAUGCAUACAGAAAUAAAGAUUUUGCCAAAGCCAUUUUCUUUUACACGGAAGGAAUCAAAGUUGAAUGCAAGGAUAAAGAACUUGUUUCCAAGCUAUAUAACAACAGAUCGACAGUUUACUUCUGUCAAGGUAAAUUUUUAAGGAUAAACAAUUCACUGGUAGAUCAUGCACUCUAAUUUUUUUUUUUUACAAGCAAGGCAUUCUCGCUGAAAGAAAGCUCGGGUUGCCUCUUUCUUUUUUAUCUCCGUGAAAGAUAUAAUCAAGCAAUAUUUCGGUGCGUAAAUUGUUUUUCUUACCUUUUUCUAAAAAGAAAAUGAAGAGAUGUUAUGAAUUCUGGGUUUUCAAAACGAGAAGUCUUCAAUUCGGCCCGCCCACGACUUAGUGAUGCGGACAAGGAAAAAUUUUAAUAAGCGCCGCUGUGGGGAGUUUUAAAAAUACGGUAAAGGUAAUGUAAGUGUUGUGUUGGAUUUGAAGACCGUAGCCUGGCCGAAUGCUGUGUUUAAAUAGACGCUGGCUAUCCGUUUAGCAAUUUAACGUGAAUUUAUAGAGUUUAUGUGCAUAAAUGUGUAUGGUAACUCUACGCUUUCUAAGUAUUAUUCUUUAUAAUAUCGGUAUAAAAAGAACUCAAUCUUUUUCAGGGAAUUAUCAGGAUUGUCUAAGUGACGUAAAAGCUGCAACAACACUACAAGCGUCUUAUCUCAAGGCCAUCAUUAGAGGUAAAAAUAAAAAAAAAAUUGAAAAUCUGAAACUUAAUCUUAAUUUGGCAUUUUUCUCGCUAAGCGAGCGGCCGAAGGCCCCGAGUGAAGCGAGUUUAUAAUCUCGUCGCGCUUGAAGCGAGCGUUUAUCACGUGAACUGCGCAUCGUCUUAGCCAGAUGCAAAAUUCGAUGCGCCAUAAAUCUGUGAAUAUAUGCUUGGGGUCCGCCAAAGACGUCAUGGAGCAUUUUGCGUUUCCAGGCAACAUAGACUUUUCCAAAAAUGACCGGCGCAUUUUUAUGUAUUAUUCAUGAAAGGCUCAUGUGUCUUAUAAUAUUCAUCUAUGAAACAAUGUUUACAAUCAGGAGCAAUUUCCCAUUCAGAUGACACAGAACAACAAGCACAACCCGUGGCUGGAAAUCCCCGAUUUUUAACCGAAACUCCUCUGGAGAACGCCGACUAAAAUUCGUCGUGAGCGGAGAAGACGACGACGACAAGAAGCCGCGUGCAAAGCGCAGAGAACAUCGCUUAGCACAGACCCAAACUAGCAGAUUUUCCCUCAACAGAAAACAAAGAAGUCUUUUGCUUUACGUCAUCUGUGUCCAGUGCACGAAGCUUUGAGUGGAAUUGGGAACCAUUAAUAUCUGGACAAAUUGUCAAUUCAUUUGGUCAGGAAAAGUGUACAUUUGACUAUCUGGGACUUUUAAAAACUAUUCCUCUGACAACCAUGUCUCAACAAGCUCAUGCAUGUUGAGAACUGAGAAACUGACGAACUUCAACAUGAACUUGUAUGUGGACGUACAAUACAAAUUCCACUCUUGCAUGGAUAUUUGUUUCUCAUGCAUGUAUUCAAAUAAAUGUGAACACUUUCAUAAAUGAUUUGGUACUCUUUACAGGGAUAAUUCAGUGCUAAUGAGGGUACCGCGUAUUCAAUAAUCAUCAUAAUCAAAAUUCUCCUCAACUGCAUCCUUAAUGACAUUGCUACAUGUAAUUUCUAUUUCAGUGUAAGUGAUUAUGUUUGCAUCUUACUGUUAAAACAAUUAGUUGUCAAGUGUGAUUAUCAUACAUGCCAACCCUCCCGGAUACGACAACAAUCUCCUCCCAUACGGGUCACCAAAUCUCCCGGAUAAAAUCGAGUUAUGAGCUUUUCUGUGCUUUAAUUUGAAAUUUAUCCCAUUUUUUUCCCCAAAAAUUCGAAUUUCUUUUGAUUCAAAGUUCAGUUUCUGGGGCAUCUCGCGUGUAUUUCAUCACUGACAAAGAUUAUUUCCCAUUACAAUCAUAAAAGCUAAUUGUGAUGGUUCUGUACCUCAUGCAAGACUCCAUAUAAUGUCCAAGCUGAUAAGGGACUGGAUCGAAUUGUGCUUAUGGGGAAGGGCGGAGAGGGUAAUGCAAAGGAAAGAGUGUCUAGAUUUUAGAUUUCCAGAGGUUGGCAUCAGUCUGGAUUAUGUACCACAACAAUAGUGCAAACACUCUCAUAGUUGUAGUUCACUUAACAAUAAAUAUUUUACGUCAAUUACCAGCAUUUACUUGUUAUUUUCAAUGCACUACUAAUGACACACUUCACAAGUAAUUAUGAUUACACUAAUCUUUAAAGAUAGCAUUGGUUAGCUGCAUAUUCACCUCUCUUUCAUGCAGUUAUUUACUAUCACACCCAUUUUCUUUUGACUAUUUAUUACACAGGUAGGAGGGUUAAAUGCGCGGUGAACACGGGACCUAUGAAACAUUGGCUACCCUUCUUAACAACACCAACCUCAUUAGAAUCCCAGAACAUCCUUUUUAACGACAGAGCACUGGGCUCAAAUUUACUCCAACCAAAAGGAGAUUAAGUACAUCUCACAUUCCAAUAUUAGAGCCAGUGUUGAAACCCGUCCUCCUAAGCUACAUAAAUUACUCCGAUUCUCUCCUCCCUUCCAUCCCUGACAUUUUAUGGGCAUUCCCCCACCCCGAGCUUUGCGAGUUCCUGCGAUACACGUAUUUCUAGUAAAUGAGUCUAACUAUUUUCACUAGGGGCGAAAGCCUGUGCAAAGUUGAAGCAGUUUGAAGAAGCCAUCAUUUGGUGUGAUAAAGGACUAGCUGUAUCCUUUCUUAGUAGAAUACAAAUUUCACAGUACAGUUAUUACUUCCUUGACUUCUAACAGGACACACUAAAUGAGUUUUAAUAAGUGAAGUCGGUUUAAAUAAGUUACUUGUUGGCGAAGGGUUUUAGUAGCUUAAACAAACAGCUGUCGUUUAUAUGUACAAUAAGGAUUAUCAAUUUUACAAUGCAGUCGCUACUCCUACUAAUGCUGCUACUGUCAGAACUACGACCUCUGCCGUCAUUUAGGUUCUGGGCUUAGAACACAGAUUAUUUAAAACAUCUUUACACUUGUAAGAUUGAUCCAGACAAGCAGGAUCUCUUAGAGAUAAAGAGUCGCUCUAACAAAGAACGCGAAACGCUUCCAACUCUUGGAGGAGACAAAGCAGAAGAAGCAGAGGGCGGUUUACGAACCCACCCAAAACCUCUUGAUUGCACAUGUAAGUAAAACCCAAACAGAAAUCAUAACUUUUAUCUAUGUUUACAUCAAGUAGAUCAACUCUUCGUUCAGGGAACGUGGUCUUUUUUAUUUAUUUGGCCUUUGCUCAUUCACUUACGCGAAGAACACAAAAUUUAGUUUGAUUAUUAUUUCAGCCAUAGCAGAGACCCGAAAAAAGGCUGGCAAUGAUGCAUUUCAUAAAGAUGAUUUUAACAAGGCUAUCAACCUGUACACCGAGGGAAUUGAAGUAAAAUGCAGGGAUGAGGAUCUGAAUGCCAAAUUGUACAAUAACAGGGCGACGGCCCACUAUCACUUGGGUAAGUAUCAUUCAUAUCAACUUUACGCAUCUUCAUAGUAAUAAUUAAUAAUUUAAUCACUUAUAUUGCGCAGGUAUUCAUAAAAAUCAUCAAAUUCGCAUUACAUUAGUAAUAUUAUCACUAAAGUAAUGAAAAGCAUGAAAAAAAAACUUCAAACCUAUUUACAAUAAGCAAAAUAAUAAGAAUAUAUACAUAUCCGUCAUAAAAAUCUAAAAUAUCGAUAUUUGACAAUUAAAAUUCUUUCAACCAUAAGCAAACUUAAAAAGGUACGUCUUAAGAUUGCUCUUAAAAGUAUGCAACUUUGGAAUAUCGCGAAGCUCACACGGUAGAACAUUCCAUAACUUGGGCGAAGUCACCUGGAAGGACCUAUCUCCUAGUGUGACCUUAGUUCUAUAUGUUGACGAUGCUAGCAUCUUCAACAAUGCAUUCUAUUUCGUAUCCACCACUCCGUGGUCUUUUCUACAUGUAUCCCUGCCUUUUUAGCCAAUGACGCGUCUGGAAUCUCAAUACCACUGUCUCCAUUGAUUUUUUUAGCGUGUAGUCUUAUUUUGAUAUCCUCUUUUAUCCUACCAUAGUACUGAGGGUCUCAGUCGAUAAACGUAAAAUUCUCUUCAAAGCCAAUGGUGCGCGGUCUUAUUUGCGUGUUUUGAAAUGGAUAACGUAUGCGAGUUUGUGAACGCCGUGACGCCUGGAACAAGCUACACUCGCAAAAAAUCUCAAUAACUGCUCCAUCUUGUUUUCGUGGGUCAAUAUUUAAUCCUCAGAGAGCCAAAAGAGUGAUGUAUAGUGUAAGUAAUGUGUUGGAUUUGAAGACAGCCCGACCUUAUGCCACCUUUAAAUAGGCACCACUCCUCAACUAAGCGACGCGUAGAAACGAAGAGUAAAAUGUUAAGCGCACGUCUUUCGAGUAAAUAAGGUGUGCCGUAAUUCUUUUUAACCUACUUUUAUUGAACGUUGUUCUUCUUUUUCAGGGCAUUAUCAUGAUUGUCUUGGUGACGUAAAAGUUGCGACAGCAUUACAACCCUCUUACCUGAAGGCAAUUAUCAGAGGUGAAAAUGAAAGAAAUUUGAAAAUCUGAAACUUUAUCUAUAUUUUAUCAUUUUAAGUAUAAAAACGACUUUUUUACCAGGAGCGAAAGCCUGUGUAAAGUUAAAGCAAUUUGAAGAAGCCAUCAUCUGGUGUGAUAAGGGACUAGCCGUAUCCUUUCUUAGAAGAAUACGAAUUUCACAGUACAAUUAUUACUUUCUUUUUACUUUUGCUAGGAAACUACAAUGAUCUUCUUUUUCAACUUUUUGUAAGAAAGAUUAAAUCAGUAAAAUCGAUUUAAAUAAGUAAACUGUUGGUAAAGCGUUUUUAAAUUAGCGGCUUACACAAAGAACAGUCGUUUAUAUGUCUUAUAUCUUUUAAAAACGAGCCAAAUGAAAUUUGCCGCAAUUUGAUCGAAAAAGAGCCAAAAGUCCGCCCGAUAAGCUCGAAAUCACACUAGCGAAAAAAAAGGAGAAGAGAAAUAGAAAGAGCGAGGAGGGAGAAAAGAGGAGAAAAGAAAAAAGCAAUGGUUGCACUCUUAGUUUUACAUUGUCUACUUUCGGAGUUUUUGGCCAAAAAGCUGCUUGAAGGACGAGUUCUAUUUGGCGUUAGCGUUUUCAAAAAUCUAGCUGUAGGUUAACAAAAAGGAUUAUCCAUUUAAAAAAACAGCUACUACUUCAAAUAACUGCUGUUCCUGUCAUAACUAACUUCUAGUUUUAGAACACAGAUUAUUUUAAAUACCUUUACUCUAGCAAGAUUGAGCCAGACAACCAGGAUCUUUUAGAAAUAAAGACUUGCUCUUACGGAGAACGCCAGAAGCUUCNAAGGCAAUUAUCAGAGGUGAAAAUGAAAGAAAUUUGAAAAUCUGAAACUUUAUCUAUAUUUUAUCAUUUUAAGUAUAAAAACGACUUUUUUACCAGGAGCGAAAGCCUGUGUAAAGUUAAAGCAAUUUGAAGAAGCCAUCAUCUGGUGUGAUAAGGGACUAGCCGUAUCCUUUCUUAGAAGAAUACGAAUUUCACAGUACAAUUAUUACUUUCUUUUUACUUUUGCUAGGAAACUACAAUGA